AUGUCGGAUACGGAUGACAACCUCGAUACACUAUCCAAACAGUUUGUUUCUGCUUAUAAGUUCCUCAACAAGCAUCCGAACAUCAACAUUUCCAAUGAUGUUAAAUUACAGCUCUAUGGUGCCUAUAAGGUGGCGACAAUUGGUGCAUGCAAUACACCAAGACCUUCGCUAUUGGAUUUUCGAGGAAGAGCUAAAUGGGAUGCGUGGAAUGAAUUAGGUGGGAUUUCCAAGGAAGCGGCAAUGAAUAUUUAUAUCGAAAAGGUCGAAGCUGAGAAUGUUGGAUGGAACAAAAAUAGUGUAGACGAAGAUGGAAGCGAAGUAAAUGACGGAGAUGAUGAAAAGGAGAAAUCGUAUAGUGCGCCACAAGAUAGAUGGACGUAUGUUUCGACUCUGUCUUACGAAAAUGAAGAUGAUCUUAUUGGUGAUGAUAUUUUUGCGCACGUUAAACAAGGUGAGUAUAAUGAGGUAAGUAAAAUCCUGGAUUCCGGCGAGGUAGACAUUAACGCAAAAGACGAUCAGGGCUUAUCACCUUUGCAUUGGGCAUGUGAUCGUGGACACUUGGAAAUUGUCAAGUUAUUGAUAGAACGUGGCGCGAACGUGAAUUUAUUGACUAGCGAAGAUGAAACCCCUUUACAUUAUGCAUGCCUCUCGGAAAAUAUUGAGUGUGCAAGAUAUUUAUAUAGAAAUAAUGUUGAUAUUUCAAUCAAGGACGCUGAUGGGCUUACAGCUUUUGAACAUUGUGGUGACGAAUUUAAACAAUUGAUUAUCCAAGAUUAA